AUGUCGACUAAUAUUUUUUCAAAUUUUUGCGUAAUUCUAUUUAUUUCUCUCCUUUCUGCUCAAUUAACAUCAGCACUUGUUUGUUUUCAAUGUAAUAAUUGUGAUGAUAUAACAUCAUGCACAUGUGACAAUGUAAUUAAUAUUGAUAACGAAACUUCAUAUUGUAUUCUUCUACGAGAAAGUUUAUCAAAUGCAAUCAAUAUUGAAAUAAAACAUAUUCCAAGAAAUUCUACAAGAUAUUACAUAUACGAUCCACAUUAUAUAUCAGUACAAGAGACGAUUUCUUAUAAUGGAUUAAUUCGAGGUUGGUACACUAAAUCAAAUCAAAUAACUUAUGCAUGCCAAACAGAUCGAUGCAAUCAAGCUGAUUUAAUAAAACAAUUACCUUCAAAUGGUUUAUCAUUAAUGUUACCUAAUGAUUGGCUUGAUGGAAAUCUUCUACGUAAACCAGACAAAAUUACGACAUCAUGUCGUGACUGUGAAGGUGAAACUAUAUGUGAUGAUGCAGCAAAUUUGAUAAAUAUAAAUAAAUGUAAUAUAAAAGAAUGUCAAGGUUCAUGUAUUAUGGGUGAAACAUUUGAAAAAGCUGAAACGACUCAAUUUUGUUAUGAAUCAUUUUGUUCAGAUGAUACGAGUAUUGGUCCAGUAAUGCAGGUACCAGAGAUAGUAAUUACUGCUGUUUAUUAUAUAAAUAAAAAACAAUUAGAAAUUGUUGAAAUUGAUCUUAAGUGUAAUGGAAAUGAUUGUAGUCAAUCACAAAUAUUUAAAGAUAUUAAAGACAAAUUACAAAAAGAUCUUAAUGGUAUUAAACCAUUUUUACCACCAAAUAAUCAUGGUAAUGCGAUUUAUUCAACAUCAGUUAUAUUUUUAAUGGUGAUAUUGUUACAAACACUAAUUUUUUAUUGA